CAAAGGUGAAGGCAGGGAUGUUAAAAAUUGAGAUAUAAAAAUAUUUAUAUAAGUUACGUAUUCAGAUGGAUAGAAUGAAGCAAAAUAUAUAAGCUUGAUGUUAAAUGUUGUCUUUAAAUUGGGGCAUAAAAUAUCGCGGGGACAGCAAAUAACAAGUUACUAUAUUUCUUUGUAACUUGCAUUAAUUUUUGUUGUGAGCUGAGAGUUGAAAAAUAUCGCCAUGGAUGCUACAGGCUCGAUUAACAAUGACGAGAUUGAGACUAUGGAAAAUGAAGAGGAGGUAAUUGAUGAUUCAGAAGAAAGGGAACUUGUGACGGACUCUUGCUCUACAAAAGUACUAAAUAGUGACGAACAACCGACCGAUAGAUAUCGACUUGUUUACAUACUUUUCUAUCUUUUCGGCAUCACAUCGCUUGUGCCAUGGAAUUUCCUAAUAACUGCAAACGACUACUGGAUGUACAAGUUCCGAGAUGUGACACCCAACAAUGUGACAAUGUUUGUGCGCAAGACGCAAUUCCAAGCCGAGUUCACAUCCUAUCUCAAUGUUGCUACCGCUAUACCCAACUUGAUAUUCCUGGUUCUUAACUCCUUGUAUGGACAUUUGAUACCGUUGAAGAGAAGAUUGCAAGGAUCCCUUGUGGUGGUGACUUUGACCUUCCUGUUCACCACUGCGCUGGUUCAAGUUGACUCUGAUGAAUGGCAGAGUACAUUCUUUGUCAUUACCAUUGUGACAGUGGUUAUUAUGACUGCUGGCAGCGCGGUAUUUACUGGUGGUAUAGUUGGGAUUGCCAGUAAAUUCUCCAAGGAAUACAUGGCUGCGGUUGUCGCAGGACAAUCUUUAGGCGGAAUCAUAGCUGCGAUUGCUCAAAUUAUAUCGCUCGCUUUCAAAAUAUCCCCCUUACAUAGUGCAUUGAUAUAUUUCAUAAUAGCCGAUAUUGUUGUUAUUACUUCAUUGAUUUCUUAUGUAUUAUUAUAUAAGAUAGAUUUCUUUACUUAUCAUAUUCUACGUGGUAAUGGUAUAGCAUCGAAUAGACAUAGAGAUGUGUCCAUGGUGGUUAUAAUGAAAAAGAUAUGGGUGUACGCGUUCAGUAUAUUUGCUGUAUUCGCGAUCAGUAUGGCGGUGUACCCGGCCGUCACUGUGCUGGUUGAAUCUCAUCCUGUUACUAAAGGAACUGAUUGGAAUAACAUUUUCUUCGUUCCUGUGGUAAAUUAUUUGAUAUUUAACUGCGGUGAUUAUUCCGGUCGUCUGGCCGCUGGAUUUCUGCUUAGGCCAAACAACCAAUGGUUGAUAGCAGUAGCCAGUGUUCUGAGGGUGAUCGGUGUACCAAUGUUGAUGCUGUGCAACGCGCAGCCUCGCAAACACCUGCCAGUGCUCUUCCUCUGGGACUACGAGUACAUCAUCAUCAUGAUACUCUUCGCAUUCUCAAAUGGAUACCUCACUAAUAUUGUCAUGAUUAAUGCCACCAGAGUUGUAGAAAUACACGAACGUGAGAAAGCCUCUUCAGUGAUAGCGACGAUGCUGUGUGUCGGCCUCACUGUGGGCGCGGCUAUAGGAAUGCUGCUUGUACGACUAUUGUAAGUUUACUGACCGCACUAUACUAAUUUAGAAUCAAUUCAAUUAAAUACGACAUAAUAAAAAAAAUAAUCUUACUUGUCAUGUUUUAAAAAGGUUGACAGCUUACGUUCAAAAAUAUGAAAUAAAAGUCUUAAAUGAAGGUACUUACUCUUUGACGUCAAAGAUUAGUUAGUAGGAAAUUAUCUUUUUGUCUAUGGUUAAAACAUACCAUGACUUUGAUGUUUAAGAUUUAAAUUUUAAACUUGAAACUAAUGCAGUUGUAUUAUAGAAAUACUCAAUGAAUAUCUGCAGUAAAAAAAAAUAUUUAACAAUUUACAUUGUUUAAGCUUUAUUUGUCAUUAAAAUAAGCUUAUAGCUUUAUCAAGGCAUAAUGAUUGU